AUGGCGGAACAGCUGCGCUUUGACGACCAGGUUGUCGUCGUCACCGGCGCUGGUGGUGGUCUGGGCAAGGCAUAUGCUACCUUCUUCGGCUCGAGAGGAGCCAAGGUCGUUGUCAACGAUCUCGGUGGCUCGUUCAAGGGCGAGGGCAACUCGACAAAGGCUGCCGAUGUAGUCGUCGACGAGAUCAAGAAGGCCGGCGGCCAGGCCGUUGCCAACUACGACAGUGUCGAGAACGGCGAGAAGAUCAUUGAGACGGCCAUCAAGGCCUUUGGCCGCAUCGAUGUGCUGAUCAACAACGCCGGUAUCCUGCGCGAUAUCAGCUUCAAGAACAUGAAGGACGAGGACUGGGACCUGAUCAUGAAGGUCCACGUCAAGGGAGCCUACAAGUGCGCCCGCGCCGCCUGGCCCUACUUCCGCAAGCAGAAGUACGGAAGAGUCAUCAACACCGCCUCGGCCGCCGGCCUGUUCGGCAGCUUCGGCCAGUGCAACUACUCGGCCGCCAAGCUGGCCCAGGUCGGUUUCACCGAGACCCUCGCAAAGGAGGGCGCCAAGUACAACAUCAUCUCCAACGUCAUUGCCCCCAUUGCCGCCAGCCGCAUGACCGAGACCGUCAUGCCCCCGGACGUUCUCCAGAACCUGCGCCCGGAGUGGGUCGUGCCCCUCGUGGCCGUCCUGGUGCACAAGAGCAACACGACCGAGAACGGCGGCAUCUUCGAGGUGGGCGGUGGCCACGUUGCCAAGCUCAGGUGGGAGCGUUCCAGCGGCCUCCUGCUCAAGGCCGACGACAGCUACACCCCCAGCGCCAUCUUGAAGCAGUGGAACAAGGUCACCGACUUCUCCAAGCCGCAGUACCCCUCCGGGCCUGCCGAUUUCAUGACCCUGCUUGAGGAGUCGAUGCAGAUGGGCCCCAGCGAGCAAGGCGACAAGGUCGACUUCAAGGGACGCGUCGCCUUGGUCACCGGUGGUGGUGCUGGUAUCGGCCGCGCAUACAGUCUGGCCUUUGCCAAGGCUGGCGCCUCGGUCGUUGUCAACGAUCUGAUGGACCCCGACACCGUCGUCAACGAGAUCAAGAAGCUCGGCGGAAAGGCUGUUGGUGUCAAGGCCUCCGCAGAAGAUGGCGAGGCUGUCGUCAAGGGUGCUAUGGAUGCCUUCGGUCGCAUCGAUAUCAUUAUCAACAACGCCGGCAUCCUGCGCGACAAGGCCUUCACCAACAUGGACGACAACCUCUGGGACCCCGUCCUGAACGUGCACCUGCGCGGCACAUACAAGGUCACCAAGGCUGCCUGGCCUAUUCUCCUCAAGCAGAAGUUUGGCCGCAUUGUGAACACCACCUCCACCAGUGGUAUCUACGGUAACUUUGGACAGAGCAACUACGCCGCAGCGAAAUGUGGUAUCCUAGGUUUCUCCAGGGCGCUUGCUCUCGAGGGCUACAAGUACAACAUCUACGUCAACACGAUUGCCCCCAAUGCUGGCACCGCCAUGACCAAGACCAUCCUGCCCGAGGAGCUGGUCCAGGCAUUCAAGCCUGACUACAUAGCACCUCUCGUGCUGGCCCUCUCUGCCGAGAAGGGCCCCAAGAACCCCACUGGUGGUCUGUACGAGGUUGGCAGCGGUUGGGUUGGCCAGACCAGGUGGCAGCGAACGGGAGGUGCUGGUUUCCCUGUCGACGUUCCCCUGACCCCUGAAGCCGUCCUGAAGCAGUGGGAGAAGAUUCUCAGCUUUGAAGACGGCCGCGCGGAUCACCCGGAGAAGGCUCAAGACGCCGUCCAGAAGGUCAUGGCAAACAUGGACAACAAGAGCGGGGCUGCCAAGAAGAGCUCUGCCCCAUCCGGACCUGCACCGUCGGGCGACAACCAGUACCUGCAAGCCAUUGCCAAGGCAAAGGCUGCCAAAUCCCCCGAGACCGAGUUCACAUACACCGACCGCGACUCUAUGCUCUACAACCUCGGCAUCGGUGCCAAGAGGACCGACCUGUCGUACAUUUUCGAGGGUGCCGAGGACUUCCAGGUCCUGCCCACGUUCGGCGUGAUCCCCCAGUUCGACGUGAACACCCCCUACACCAUGGACGAGGUCGUCCCCAACUUCAACCCCAUGAUGCUCCUGCACGGCGAGCAGUACCUCGAGAUCAAGAAGUACCCCAUCCCGACCGCGGCCAAGACCAAGAACCUGGCCAAGUUGAUCGAGGUCGUCGACAAGGGAUCCGCCGCCAUCCUCAAGGGCGGCGUCAGCACCGUCAACGCCGAGACGGGCGAGGAGAUCUUCUACAACGAGUCGACCGUCUUCCUGAGGGGAUGCGGCGGGUUCGGCGGCCCCAAGAAGCCCGAGGACCGCGGUGCCGCCACGGCUGUCAACACUCCGCCGAAGCGCAUGCCCGAUGUGGUUGUCGAGGAGAAGACGACCGAGGAGCAGGCUGCCAUCUACCGCCUGAGCGGUGACUACAACCCUCUUCACGUUGACCCCAACUUUGCCAAGAUGGGCGGCUUCAAGCGCCCCAUCCUGCACGGCCUGUGCUUCAUGGGCAUAGCCGGCAAGGCCGUGUACGAGAAGUUCGGCCCCUACAAGAACAUCAAGGUCCGCUUCGCCGGCACCGUGCUGCCGGGCGAGACCCUGGUGACCGAGAUGUGGAAGGAGGGCAAGAAGGUCAUCUUCCAGACCAAGGUCAAGGAGACCGGCAAGCCGGCCAUCUCGGGCGCCGCCGCCGAGCUUGUGUAG